GAUCGGGCCAGAGUGAUGAUAAUACGACAGAGUGAGUCAGAGUUCGAAACGCGAAACGCUGAAGCUGAGUUGGUAGCCAUGGCUGCAGCAGCUACCGCGAGACCGCUUCUACAGGUGUCGUUUUGGCUUCUGUUGCUGUCGUUUUUCUCGAUCGCUCUCGCUUACAGACCCGGCGACAUCGUUCCCAUGAGCCGCAUGGGUCAAUACCACUCCUCGCGAACCGUCUGGCAGGACCUCAUUGGCCGCCACUGCCCCAUCUUCGCAGUGAAUCGUGAGGUGUUGAUGCCCAUUCCCAAGCCCACGGGUUACACCGGUGCUGAUCCUUAUAAAAUAUCAUUUCAAGUUGGGAGGGAAAAAUUUUUAAUCCCGUGGCUUCUUGUGGUGAAUCGGAAAAGUACAGAGGUUCCAAUGAUUGAAGUAGAUCUGAGGUAUUCAGGAAGUGAUUUGCAUGGUGUCACAGCAAAAGUUGUGGAUAUGCCUCAUCACUAUGUUGAACUUCAACCUGAAAUUCGUAAACAAUUCUGGGAUUCUCAGCAUUGGCCAAAGCAUAUACUUGUCCGAUAUACAUGGAAGGAGCAUUCAGAGAUAGAUGUAACUUCAGGAUUUUUUGUUCUGUUUGGUUCAGGAGGUUUCUGAAUUGCUUUUCCCAAAUCAAGUUCUGUUUCUAUUGUAAUUUUCCCUUGCAUGAAUUCCCUGAAAUACCUGUAACAGCUUCUUGCUGAAAUUCAUUCUUCCCAUAUUGCCUGAAAUUUUCGUUCUGAUUUUGGUUCCUCUCUAAAUUUUAUUAGUGAAUUACAGGAUGCCUGUUUCAUCAAUGAUUGAAAUAUGCUUUUGGCUCCUUUGUUACUCAAUCAUAUGUUAUAAGAGGAGGUAUAAAUAUAUCACCGAGCUAGAUGUGACUCCUUGAAUUGAUGAAUUUGUCACGACUACACUUUUUGCUAAACCAUUUCUCUUGUAUAGAAUAUAAUUUGUCACGUGUGAAUAUCAUUGAGAUGACAACAUGCCGCAAACAUACUACUUGCUCUUGCUCAAAAUAUCUUCUAGUCUCCCCAUUUUUGUCGCCAAUGUAAUUGACAUCCCUCGGUGUGUCUAUAUGUACAGAGUUGUCAUCUUUCUGAAACUAGAUGCAACUUCGAUGAGGGAGAUGUGGUAUUGGAAGGGGAGUGUCAUGUGAGCAUUUCUAAUUUAAAAAAUUAAAAAAAAGUAAUGUUCUUUAAUUUUUUACUAAUGGUAAUUAGGAGAUGUCCCCUUCACUCUCUAUCUAUCUCCACACUCGCACAAACAGGGAGCGACUCCUAUGAGAAUAUUUGAUUAUUGUGAGAAAUUAGAACAAACAAUAACAUCUCUUAGAUCAAGAUUAAAAAUGAUGGACCGUUGAUUAAAACUCAAUUAUAAACAGCUCGUGUGAGACCAUCAUUGUAGUUGUUGCUGGCAGUGGUGGUAAUGUUAGUAGUAGCAUUAGGGCUUUCAUAAAAAAUGUUUGUACGUGAGUUUUAAUCUUAGUAGUCUAUUAUUUUUAAUCUUUAUUUAAUGGUUGUUGUUAUUUGUUUUCAUUUCUCACAAAUCACAAUAACCAAAUGUUCUCAGAGUUGUUCCCUCUCUCUAUCUCUAUACACACACAAACAAGGUCUCUUGUUCGCCUUCAUGUCAUUAUUUUGUCCUUGCAAGUUGCAAUAUUAACUUUCAUUCCAUUCCACCAGCCAAUUAUUGACCAGAGAAUAAAUAUUUUGGUACACCUAUCCUACAUUUGGUGGAGAGAAAAUACCUGGCUGCUCCAUAAUUUUGUUUUUAAUAGUAUUAGUGAUUUGGAUUGUAGGAUUUCAAGAAUAAAAGUCAGCUGAGUAUCGAAAUUACUUGAAAGAUUCUAUUUAAAACAAGGACAUGAUAAAUUUGUGUAUUUUACUAAGAGUGUCUUUUGUUGCUCUUGC